UGUACCUUGCAGAUGUCGCUCAACUCAUGACCAGCACACAUCUUCCCUUUCCUCCCUUUUAUACCCUGUUUGCUUGCACGUUUUAGACUCGCUGGGAUUGCUCGACUUCAACAGAGCGCUUAGCAUUGGAUUUGCCUCAACGUGCAGAUUCGUCACACCCCGCCUCUCGCCUUCGGGGACUCGGAACGCGAACACACCACGACGCCAAUGUCUGAACCGGGGAGCUCCAAGGCGAAGGCCAACGGUGCUGGGAAGGCCUUCACAGCGCGCGAUAUCGACGGGCAUGAUCUCCCCCCUUCGCCGGCACCGAGCACGCCUCGUAGUGGGAGGAAGUAUGCCCUCAUGACGGAGCUGGUAUUCACCGAAGGCAGCGACCAGUACAAUGCCAGCUCCGUGCCUAUAUACCAGUCGGCAACCUUCAAGCAGAGCUCUGCCACGGGCGGCGGUGGAGAAUACGACUACACACGCUCCGGAAACCCCACGCGAACGCACCUCGAGCGACACCUCGCAAAGAUCAUGAACGCGAACCGCGCGCUCGUCGUCUCCUCCGGCAUGGGCGCCCUCGACGUCAUCACCCGACUGCUGCGACCGGGCGACGAGGUAGUAACCGGAGACGACCUAUAUGGCGGGACAAACAGGCUGCUGAAGUAUUUGUCUUCACACGGAGGCAUAAUCGUACACCAUGUCGACACCACCAACCCCGAGGCGGUGCGCGGCGUGGUCAGCAGCAAGACCGCCAUGGUGCUGCUGGAGACGCCCACAAACCCGCUCAUCAAGAUCGUCGACAUCCCCUCCAUCGCCACCAUCGCUCACACCGCAAGCCCGUCUGCGCUGGUCGCCGUCGACAACACCAUGCUCUCGCCGCUGCUCCAGAACCCGCUCGAUCUCGGCGCCGACAUCGUAUACGAGUCCGGCACAAAGUACCUCUCCGGCCACCACGACCUCAUGGCCGGCGUCAUCGCCAUCAACGACCCCGCCCUCGGCGACAGACUCUACUUUACAAUCAACGCCUCCGGCUGCGGCCUCUCCCCCUUCGACUCGUGGCUCCUGCUCCGCGGCAUCAAAACCCUCGGCGUGCGCAUGGAGAAGCAACAAGCGAACGCCCAGCGCAUCGCCGAAUACCUCGAAUCGCACGGCUUCAAGGUUCGCUACCCAGGUCUGAAAUCGCACCCGCAGUACGAUCUGCAUUGGAGCAUGGCCCGCGGUGCGGGCGCCGUGCUCUCCUUCGAGACGGGAGACGUGCAUGUUUCGGAACGGAUCGUGGAGAGCGCGAGGCUGUGGGCCAUCUCUGUGAGCUUUGGCUGUGUGAACUCGUUGAUCAGCAUGCCCUGCCGUAUGAGCCAUGCUAGCAUUGAUGAGAAGACGAGGAGGGAGAGGAACAUGCCCGAGGACAUUAUCAGGUUGUGUGUGGGAAUUGAGGAUCCGGAGGAUUUGAUUGAUGAUUUGAGGACUGCUCUUGUACAAGCUGGCGCUGUCAACAUCACGCCUGAAGGCUUCCACGCUCUAGGAGACGCGGCCUCAUCCGGCGAGAACUCGAACGCCGUUCCCACCCCUUCGGAGUAAACGCCACACCACACUCCAUCCUUGUCCUCCUCCCCCUCGCCCUCACGGCCCCACUUCUUCCCAAGUCACCUCUGCCAUGCUAGGCCACAAGCAUGGUAACGUGAUACCCCACUUCCUUUUGUCAGUCAGGGACAGGCGUGUAUGCUUCGCUUCGCAACUCUCUCUGACCCAGUCACCUCUGUCACUGUACCCUCGCUCAUCGAGAGCCAGUGUUAACGUGAUACUUGUCUGAUUACCGUUGUAGAAGAAAAGAGCGGGAGUUCUGGCUUCUAAAAGAGAUCUCCUAGCUAGCUUUCAUCAAAAAAGGAAUUUCAACUGAGAAA